AUGUCGACGCGGAGGAUACGCCACUCAUUCGGGAUUUACAUAGUCGUUGUUCUCCUGGAUUGUUGCUGGGAAGCGGUGUCCGGGCAGCUCUCUUACUCUGUGUCAGAGGAGGUAAACCCGGGGACUUCAGUGGGAAAUCUCGCCAAAGAUCUCAACCUUAAUGUCCAUGACUUGGAGGCGCGUAUGUUUCAGAUCGUCAGUGGAUCGAAGAGAAAAUAUUUUGACGUAAAUCUGAAAACGGGUGCUCUUUUCGUCAAUGAGAGAAUAGACCGUGAGGAGCUUUGUGCGAAGGCAGCAAAAUGCACCGUCAAUGUAGAGGCCGUGAUCAACAAUCCGCUGAAGCUGUAUCGUUUGGAGAUAAAUUUGCUCGAUAUUAAUGACAACGCACCACUUUUCUCCGAGGAUUUGCAGUCGCUAAACAUUGCAGAAAGUACAGCGCCGGGAGGGAAAUUUGGAUUUAUCGGGGCGUCAGAUGUCGACGUUGGUAAGAACAGUGUGAGCACAUAUAAGCUGAGUCCGAAUGAUUAUUUUUCAUUAGAAAUUAUCAAAGGAGGAGACAGCGUGUCUGCUAAGCUUGUGCUUCAGAAAGCUUUAGACCGAGAGACCCAGCCUGCAAUAAAACUCACAGUGACCGCAGUUGACGGAGGAAACCCACCCAAGUCAGGGACAUCGUUGAUUAAUAUAAAUGUUUUAGACGCUAACGACAAUGCUCCGACUUUUAGCAGCUCUUUAUACAAGGCACGUAUUUAUGAAAAUGUACCAAUGGGUACAACUGUUAUAGUUUUAAAUGCAUCAGACGCAGAUGACGGCUUGAAUGCUGAAAUUGAAUAUUCCUUUAGGGGUAAAGGCCAAGAUCAGGUUUUAGAUCUGUUUCAAAUAGACUCAAAGACAGGUGCGAUUUUGGUGAAAGGUAAAAUCGACUAUGAGGAAAACCCUGUGUUUGAGAUUCAUGCACAGGCCAGUGACAAUGGCCAGCCCCCGUUGUCUGCAGAUUGUAAGGUGCUGGUAGAGGUGGUGGAUCUCAAUGACAACGCUCCUGAGAUCACUGUGACGUCACUACUAAACACAGUGAAGGAGGACGCUGAAGUAGGUACUGCUAUUGCACUUGUUUCAGUCCUGGAUAAAGAUGGUGGGAAAAAUGGGGCAGUUAAAGCUGUGAUUUCAAACGAUGUCCCCUUUAAACUGGAAACCAAUUAUAAAAAUUAUUACUCUUUAGUUGUUAGGGAUCUGAUUGACAGAGAAUCUCAGGCUCACUACAAUGUUACUAUCAUAGCAACUGAUGAAGCGACUCCACCUCUCUCCAGCACCAACAUAGUUAUUGUUCAUGUGUCUGAUGUUAAUGAUAACCCACCUCGCUUCUCAGAGCCACUGGUUAAUGUUUAUGUGAAAGAGAACAGUCCAGUAGGAGCAAUUAUCAAGACUGUGACUGCAACUGAUGUUGAUAUUAGUCAAAAUGGUCAAGUGAGCUAUUCAUUUUUAAAAAGUAACAGUGACACGUUUCCAUUAUCUGCAAUGGUUAACAUCAACUCAGAGACAGGAGAUAUAAUCAGUUUGCAGUCGUUUAACUUCGAGGAGCUAAAAACGUUUCAGUUUAAAGUUCAGGCCACAGACUCUGGUGUUCCUCCGCUCAGCAGCAACGUGACUGUGAACGUUUUGAUCCUGGAUGAGAAUGACAACAGUCCUUCGGUUCUUUCUCCAUAUUCUGAGCACGGCUCCAUUAACAGUGAGAGCAUCCCCUACUCUGCUGAAGCAGGAUACUUCGUGGCAAAGAUCAGGGCUGUAGACGCAGACUCCGGAUACAACGCGCUGCUUUCUUAUCACCUCUCUAAGCCCAAAGGAAACAACCUCUUCCGGAUCGGAACCAGCACCGGGGAAAUCAGGACUAAGAGGAGAAUGAGUGACAAUGACCAGAAAACUCACCCCUUGGUGGUGCUGGUUUCUGAUAAUGGAGAACCCUCCCUGUCAGCUACUGUGUCUAUAGAUGUUGUGGUGGUUGAGAGCACAGCUGACAUCCAGACUCAGUUCAGACAUGUACCCACAAAGGACGAUGGCUUCUCUGACUUAAACCUGUAUCUGCUGAUCGGCAUCGUGUCAGUGUCAGUCAUCUUUCUGCUGAGCCUCAUCACUUUAAUAGCUGUCAAAUGCCACAGGACAGACAGCAGCUUCAGCAGGUACAGCGCCCCAAUGAUCACCACCCACCCUGACGGGAGUUGGUCUUACUCUAAUGCUACUCAGCAGUACGACGUCUGCUUCAGCUCAGACACGCUCAAGAGUGACGUAGUGGUUUUCCCCGCACAGUUCCCGCCUGCAGAUGCGGAGCUGAUCAGUAUAAACGGAGGAGACACUUAUGGCAGGACUCAGACUUUACCCACCAAAGAGAAGGUAAGAGAAAUUGUUUCAAAAGCAGUAGUUCAGUCUGUGUGA